AUGGCCUCAUCAAAGUCACCGAAUGGCGCGGACCGCCUUCCCGUCUAUGGGACGAAGGAGGACGCCAAGGAUGAGACAGCCGUGCUGGAUUUCGACAGGCCUCGCCAGGCACGGGUUGAGACGCCUGAGUCUGAUGAGCAGCAGAACGGCGGGUUGACACCCAACACACCCGGUCUUCUUGCGCCGUUUGAUUGGGAAGACUUCGAGGCGCGGUACGAGAAAGCGCUGGUGGAGGCGGAUGAGCACGAGCGAGAGAUCCUCAAAGAGGCCGAGAGUCUUGCCAAGUAUUUUCAGGUAUGGUCUUCAGCUGCCUCAGCUUACGACGAUGAGCGGGCGGUGAAGCGUCUGCAGACCCGACAGCGUUUUGUCAAUAUCGCUGAGGAAAGGAUGGCUCAGAGGCAACAGCAUCGUGACGACGAGUUACUGGCAUUUCAGCAAAGCCAUUUCUCAAGCGAGGCUGCCGCUGAGUUUGGACACACUUUCACAAGUCUUCCGCCACAGGAGCCCUCCGAGGCUCAAGCAUGCGAGGAGUGGUGGGAAGAGGAAGAAGAUGACGGCCUUGGAUACUACGAAGAUGGCGUCAAGAGAACCCUUACCGACGAGCAGAUUGCCAUCUUCCGACACUCUGAGCUUCGAGAGCUCCGCCGGGAACAGGAAAAGCAAGCGGGAUCCAAAGCACCAGAGCUGCCGCAAGACGCAUCUGCAAAUGACAUAGAGACUGCCUCGCCACAGGACUCAAGCGGCGCUGUCGGCUCUCGAGGAAAGAAGAGGAAGAGGAAGAAGCCAAAGGCGACCAAGCAGGAACCCAAGCCAGACUUGCGCAAGCGCACCUGGGACGUGGUCGAAGCAGGGCUCGAUUCUCUCGAUUACGACUGAAGCCAGCCAUCUGCGAAGCUC